AUGGGUCGUAAGAAGGAGAAGCAUGGUGGAAAAGUGGUGGCUCCUCAGCAAACCCCAACGAUCACCCCGAUGCAAUUCAUGAUGGUGGAUCUGGAUAAUUUCAAUGAUAAGAUUUAUAUUUGUCAAUCUGACAAAUUCAAUUGGACCGUCCAUCUCUACCGUGGUACAUUUUUCAAAGAGGAUUACUUGGUGAUGGAUGCCUAUUGUCAUACGCAUCAGACAAACUGGGCAUGCGAUGCAAAUAUCCAAGUUUACAUCUGGGAUCGGAGUGUCCAGUUGAUCAAGCAUCACUUUGAAUCUAAGAAAAACUGCAUGUCAUGCCCUGCAUUCAUGAAAUGGGCGGAUUUUGUUAAUCCGGAUAAUGGGUACGUCCAUGAUGGACGUGUCAUUGUGGAUAUUCAUAUCACGGAGACCCCGAAGUUGGCUGAAAAGAAUUUGUCGGUGGUCACAAAGGAGUAUCCGGGAAUCACGAACCUGUGGUUGACAGUGGGACGAUCAAGAUUCCAUGUGAACAAGGAGCUUCUCGCUCAUACAUCUCAAUUUUUUCUCGAUGAGCUAAAGAAUAAAAAGCUCAAGGACAACUAUGUUAUCAAUGACAUCAGCCCAUGUGAUUUCAAGCUUUUCCUCGAUUUGACCUACAAUCCAAAGCAAUACUUCUCAUCGUUCCAUGCCAAAGAUAUGUUGGAUGUUGCCAAGCGAUUCGGCAACACAGAAAUCGUCCCAACAUGUCAUAACGUGGUCUUGGAGGAUUUAAAGGAUAAUAAGAUAAGCACAAAGGAUAGAGUCAAAAUGGCGGAUACCUACGAUUUCGAAACUGCUAGAGAGCUGUUCACCUCAGAGACCACAGCAAGCCCAUCCAGCCAUCCACGUUUCAUGACUCUUGAAAGAUUUAAACAGGGAGCACAAAAACCAUCUCCCUCUACCAAAUGCCCUGAAGUUCAUACGAUUACUUCUAAAACUCUUGAGAAGUACCGUAACGACUACCGUAACAGGGAUAAGACAAAGGCAGAGAAAAAAGAGGAGGUUGUUGUUGAAGCUGUGCAAAAGAAGAAAGUAGAAGAGGUAGAUGAUGACGUCAUCUUCAUUUGUCACAUAAAUCACCGAGCGAAGCGUCAGGCGAUGUGGGAUAAACUGGAAAGUGAGCAAGAAGAAGAGUUCGAUUGGACAAUGCCAUCGACAUCUGGAUGUCGCUGA